AUGUCCACAGAAGCAACAUCGACCUGGACGUCCACAAACAAUGGCGUUAAAAUCAUCGUCAUCCAGAUCCUGACACUGGCUGGCGUUGGCCUGAUUGGCUACAGAUUAGGCAACAGAGCAUGGUCGAUUCAAGAAGGCUGUCUAUGCGAUCCACGUCUUACCGCUCAUGAGACAUCGAACUUUGAGCAAGCAGAUCCAAUUUCAAGUGCAGUGCCCCAAGGCACGGCUUUUUCGAUCUGUUCAGCAGAUGAAAGUUUCGCAAACCCGCCACCCGCAGACAAUGAGUCUGAAGCUGCUUGGGAUUCUUUGCUACCAAGUAAAUGUUUUUCGCCAGGAAAGGAUUCGCUCAUUGACGGGGUACAGAUGGGCUAG